CUUACGUUUCUUGAUCUUCAGAGUCGGCGGAUGAUGCGAAGAUGACGCCACUGGGGUGUCACUAGGUUCAUCCUCGCUAUCAGAGUGAUAGGCCCGCUUCUUUCCUCUGAGAAAGACCGCACGGUCAGUUUGGCUUCGGAUUUCGGAUGUCUGGUGGAAAAUGGUCAUACUUCGCGGCUUUUGAUGAUGGCAUGACAGCGGGUUUUGAGGCCACUGGUGUGGUCGGUGGCCAGCGCAAAUAUAGAACGCGUCAGCGACAGCGUUCGCGUUGGUGUGCAGGAUGGAUCGCUCCGGCGGGAAAUGGAUGACGGCUGAGGCCAGACGAGAAACGCCCUCGAAAGUGGUUCGCAUUGUUUGGCGCCUGCCCGACGCUUUCCUCCGAUGAUUCCCCGUUGGAACGCUUCAGGCAUAUGUUCAGCAGGUCAUGAGAAACGCUUGGACUGGGCCUUCCUGAUGACGAGGUCGGAUAUAUAUACCUGACUGCCUAUGAGAGGGUGUGCUGGCCCUUUAAUUCUCAUCUCUCAUCUUGCUACUCAUCAUGGCUACCUCUACCCGCCUCGAUAUCGACAGAACACUUGCCAAGCUGACUUUGGGCCAGAAAGUCAAGCUUCUGUCAGGUUUUGGAUGGUGGCAUACGACGCCCGUGCCAGAGGCUGAUAUCCCCGCCAUACGAAUGAGCGAUGGUCCAAAUGGUGUUCGCGGUACUCGAUUCUUCAACGGGGUCCCCUCCAGCUGCUUUCCUUCAUCCACUGGAUUAGGCUCCUCUUUUGACACUGAGCUUGCGGCAGAAGUUGGUAAGGCACUUGCAGACGAAUGCCAUGCCAAAGGUUGUCAUAUCCUCUUGGGACCUACCGUCAACACUCAGAGGUCUCCUUUGGGAGGACGAGGCUUUGAGUCAUUCUCUGAGGAUCCUCACCUCAAUGGGACAAUUGCCGCUGCCUAUAUAAAUGGAUUGCAGUCCAAGGGUGUCGCAGCCACAAUCAAACAUUUCGUCGCCAAUGAUCAAGAGUUCGAGAGAUUCUCCAUCAGUAGCGACGUUAGUGAGAGGGCAUUGAGAGAGAUCUACCUCAAGCCGUUCCAAAUUGCGGUCAAGGAAGCUAAUCCAUGGGCAUUAAUGACUGCUUACAACCGCUUAAAUGGGCUUCACUGCUCGGAGAACAAGUGGCUGCUGGACGAUCUUCUCAGGAAGGAAUGGGGUUACAAGGGAAUGAUUAUGAGUGACUGGACCGGUACAUACAGCACCGCCGAGAGUAUCCAAGCCGGGAUGGAUCUUGAAAUGCCUGGGCCGACUGUCAUGCGGGGUAACGCAGUCAUCAGAGCGAUCGUCGCCGAGAAGCUGUUCCCCCACGACGUCGAUACUUGCGUACUCGAAAUGCUUCAACGUGCAUAUGACUCUGGGAUCCCAUUCGACGCCCCAGAGAGACCUUUGGACACUCCCCAAGUGCGUGCGCUUCUCCGGAGGGCGGCUGCAGAUGCUAUCGUCCUCCUCAAGAACGAGAAGGGUCUUCUUCCCAUUGGGGCAGGUGUGCACAAGAUCGCUGUCAUUGGCCCUAAUGCCAAGGAUGCCGUGACUUCCGGCGGAGGCUCCGCUUCCCUUCUCUCUACCUACACCGUCUCACCGCUGGACGGUAUUACCGAGGCUGCGAAGGAGAUUGGCGCUGAAGUCGAGUAUACCGUUGGAACGCUCUCACACCAAUAUCUGCCUGCCAUCGACCCGUACAUCACAUACGAUGGGAAGACGGGCGCAUUCUUCGAGUUUUGGAACGACAGUCCUACGGAUGACUGGCUGUCAACCUCCCCGAACUUUUCCAGGGUUGUACCGCCUGCCGUGUGGAGCACUCGAACGAACUCUGCGAAGUGCUUCCUGGCCGAUGGGAUUGACGACACCAAGGUCAACGAAAUAUGCUGGCUGAGGGCAAGUCGACAUCUAUUCACGACAACCUUUGUCCCUGACGAAGACGGCGACUGGGAAAUCGGGAUGAACAUCGCAGGCCGAGGAAAUCUGUUCAUCGACGACAAACUUAUCAUCGAGCUCAGCAUCGAUCCGAAACAGGGAGAUUCAUUUUUCGGUCUCGGAACUGUCGAUGUUCGCACUGUCAUGAAGGGGCUCAAGGCUGGGACUAAACACAGGGUCGAAGUUCGUCUAAGCAACGAAGCAUUCAUUGCCAAAGGCGCGCCGUUUGCGACUCGUGGUGGAAUUCGGCUUAGUGCCAUGCGUCAAAUUGAUCUCGAGGACGGCAUGAAACGAGCGGUGGACCUAGCAAAAGCGUCUGAUAUUGUGAUACUGGUCGUUGGCCUGAACAAUGACUGGGAAAGCGAGGGUUACGACAGGCAGAACAUGGACCUUCCUGGCCUCACCAACCGACUUGUUGCUGGAGUACUCGCCGCCAACCCGAAGACCGUGGUCGUCAAUCAGUCUGGAACGCCGGUUGAGAUGCCGUGGAUCGGGGAUGCCCACACCCUUCUUCAGUCCGAGUGA